UGAACUCCUCUACUUUCCCAUUAACAUUCAACAACAACACUAGCUUAGAACUCUCUCUCACUUGCUCAUCAUCUCCUAGCUCUCUCUCUUCUUCUGUCACUACUACUCACCCUAGCUUUUAGCUAUGGCUGGCAAGGAUAUUGAAGGGUUCCCAUCUAAGGACUACCAUGACCCACCACCAGCACCAUUGGUUGAUGCUGAGGAGCUUACACAGUGGUCCUUCUACAGGGCUAUCAUUGCUGAGUUCAUUGCCACUCUCUUGUUCUUGUACAUUACUGUGUUGACUGUAAUUGGAUACAAGAGCCAGACUGCUGAUCCGACUGCUGAUCAGUGUGGUGGUGUUGGAAUUCUUGGAAUAGCUUGGGCCUUUGGUGGCAUGAUCUUUGUGCUUGUUUACUGCACAGCUGGUAUCUCAGGUGGGCACAUUAACCCUGCGGUGACAUUCGGGCUAUUCCUGGCUAGGAAGGUCUCACUGGUUAGAGCCAUAUUGUACAUGAUAGCUCAGUGCUUGGGAGCCAUAUGCGGAUGUGGGCUUGUGAAGGCAUUCCAGAGGGCUUACUACAGCAAGUACGGUGGUGGGGCCAAUGAGCUCGCUCUUGGAUACAGCAAGGGCACCGGAUUGGCUGCUGAGAUCAUCGGUACCUUUGUUCUUGUUUACACUGUGUUCUCUGCCACUGAUCCAAAGAGAAAUGCAAGGGAUUCCCAUGUUCCCGUCUUGGCACCACUUCCAAUUGGAUUUGCUGUCUUCAUGGUUCACCUUGCCACCAUUCCAAUCACUGGCACUGGUAUCAACCCCGCCAGAAGUUUCGGGGCUGCAGUGAUCUACAACGAGAAGAAGGCAUGGGAUGACCAAUGGCUUUUCUGGGUCGGACCAUUCAUCGGUGCUGCCAUUGCUGCAUUCUAUCACCAGUACAUUUUGAGAGCAGGAGCUAUUAAAGCUCUAGGGUCCUUCAGGAGCUCUUCAGCCAUGUAAACUACCAAAUGGUGUUUCUGGUAAUGAGGUUGGUUCAAAGAGGAAUGGCAUUUUCUAUGGUCAGGGAGGGAGGCUUUUGGAACCGUGGAAUUUGUACAUUGCAAUGUCUAAGGCAAAGAAUGCCCUGUUUUCUUUCUUUCGUGUCCUGAGCACUCGUUUUAUAUGUGCCCAAAAUGCUGUUGUCUGUCCUAUUUUCCGUUUGACAAUGGUGUACUUGUAAUGUUAUGUUGAAUUUUAUGAGCAACUGCUUUAUGUUA